ACACGACCUAACCGAACAACCUGUCUCUCUCUCCGAAUAUCCCACACAGAAACUUUGUCUUACAUAAGUUCCACAUCAACGACAUCAUCAUCACCACCCACCAAACCAAACCUUCAAAAAAACACCAACACAGAACAGUUUCCUUCUCAUUUGUUUCAAUCUGACAUUGAAAAGUAAAGAACUUUGUUGCCCAAUUCAAUAAUUUAUUCAUAUUUUAAAUCCAUAGCAGUUGUCAAAGAAUCAAGAAAGAAUGGCAGUGGCAGCCUUUAAAUCCACGUCAAGAAGAGCAACAACAACAAGUACAGCAACAUCAGAUAAAGAAACUUCAACAAAGCAGCACGCUUUACCAAGAAAAACGGUACCUCCAAGAAGAUCAAGAAGUGUGAGUGCAGUGUCAAGAUCCCAUCUUGUUGAUACUUCAACAACAAGAACAGCAGCUGAAGGAACAGCUACAGGGUCAACAAAUUUAUUGAUCAAAAGAGACAACCCGCUUUACUGGAGCAAUGUUUCCCCGCCUGAUAAAGAAGUCGGUGAAGUUGUGGUUGAUAAGGAAGAGUCUAAGAGUGCACCCACAAAGCCAAAUGUUGAUGGUGAUAGUAGGAGAGGGAGAUCUGUGUCAAGAAAGGCUGAUGCUGGAAAAAAUGUUUCCGGGAUUGGUAGGAGUUUGUCCAGGGGUCCUGUUUCCAGAGGGAGGUCUGUGUCUCGGCCUCCUGGCUCUAGAGGCCAUUUCGUGAAUUCCGAGAGUGAUGCUGAACGAGAAGGGAGUUCGUUGACGAAGUAUAGAAAUGGGAGUGGCGGUUUGAGUAGUGUGUCAGAUGCUGGGAGAAAUAGUGAUUUAGCGAGGAGUUAUGAUUGUAAAUUUGAGAAGAUGAGAAGUUUUCCGAUGCAAUCAGAUGGAUCUGCUUCAGACUUGCCUUCUUUGCCCAUUAGGAGUUGGGAAGAUAAAGGUCUGGGAAGCUCAAUUUCAGAAGCUGAAGAGAGAACUAUUAAAGCAGUUUUUGAACAAAUGCAGUCAUUCCAAGGGGAUAAUUUGGGAGAUGGCACCUCUAGUCGUAUAUAUGAAACUGUUCGAUCUGAAGUUAGACGUGCCAUUGCUGACAUCCAAAAUGACUUGGAAAGUACUAUCCGGAGGAGUAACACAACUGCUAUUGCAUUGGCCAAUGUGAAUGAUAUUCCUCCUGAUCUAGUCAACCCAAGUGCAGUUGAAUUAGUUUUGGACAUCAGAAGAGAAUAUGCCAAGAAGCUUGAGCAGUCCCAGGAACGGGCAAGGAAGCUUCGAGCAGACCUUGCUGUCGAGGAGCACCGUGGCUUAGAGCUCAGUAGAAUUCUGAAGGAAGUGCUUCCGCAUCCGAAGAUGUCAAAUGUGCAGAAACCCCGUGCUGGAAGAAAGUCCAGCAUUGAAAGAAGUAAGGUGUCAAAACGAUUAACAGAUGAAGCCAUGGCUUAUUUUGAUGAAUGUGUGUCGCUGUCAACAUUUGAUAGCUCUGACUUCUCAUCGCCUGAGGAUCCACCAAUCAACUUAGUUGGUGUUGGUGAUUGUGCAUCCUUUUCCCAGGAAAAUUUUAACGCUGCAGCCAACUGCUAUCUCAACAGUUUUGCUACCAGUAAACAGGAAUUGGUUGGUACACAUAGCCACGGUGCAUCAGUGCUGUCAACCACUGGCAGCUGCCAGGAGCCUGCUCUAGAGGAAGUCACUCUAAACAGCUCAGAAACACCAGACAGUCGGAGGUUGCAAUUUUCUUUUGCUCAAAAGCCAAAUGAUUCCAUCGAACUUCAGCAAGAUAUUAGGAAGUAUGUCAAAAGCUUUGAGAAAGACACAGAAAAACCUGCCAUCAAUUCAAAGAUUUUAAGAUCAAACCACUUCGAUCUGGAUGAAUAUAAUUUGCAGGCCUCGAGGCAAAACUUCUUAUUUGACACGGUGUUCCUUAAUAACAGAAUCCAGUCAGGUAGUGUGCUACUGUGCGACGGAGGCAUGGGAGUUUCAUUUUCACCCUUUGCUGCCGUAAUCUAAAUGACGUGGUUAGAUUUCCACAAAUCCAUCCUGACCAUCUGGAAUGUGGAGAACUUUUGUGUGCAAUUUGUUCUGGUUUGAUGUCUUGUAUACAGUGAUUCAAGAUUGUCUUUGAGAAUAGAAAAUAGGCAGUUUGUUGCACAGUGAACUUUCAAUAGGGUUACAGAUAUGUGAUUUAUGUAAAAGGGCUGGGAGCCUUGGACCUCUACUUAGGGUCCCUAAACAAGGGUGUUGUAUAGAAAGGGUUCGCUCAGGUUUGUGUGGAGCACACAUUUUGUAGGUGUUUGUAAGCUCAUAUAAUGGUUGUAAGAUACUGCUAUAAAUCAUAUUUGUAUCAUUGUUGAUUUU